CCCGAUUGAACAUUAAAGACCAACGACAAAAUUUAUAAAAAAAAGUUAUGCCUUUUUGAAGAAGUUCAACAUGGCAGGAGAUCAGGCGCAAUUUUACCAGUUACUAAAUACUUUAUUAUCUCCAGAUAACGACAUCAGAUCCCAAGCAGAAGAAGCAUACAAUAACAUCCCAACUGAAACAAAAGUAGCACACCUGGUAGGAGCAAUCCAAAAUGCAGACCUCGGGGAAGAUGGCAGGCAGACAGCAGCGGUGUUCUUGCGGAGGCUUUUUAGUUCAGAGUUCUUUGAGUUCUUCCCCAAGAUGCCCUUCGAGCAGCAGAGACUACUUCGAGAACAAUUGCUUUUGACACUGCAGAUGAAUGUGAGCCAGCAGUUGAGGAGAAAGAUCUGUGAUGUAGUUUCCGAGCUUGCUAGAAAUCACAUUGAUGAUUAUGGUGUCAACCAGUGGCCAGAGUUUUUGCAGUUCAUGUUCAACUGUGCCAACUCUCAAGACUCCAACAUCAAGGAAGCUGGCAUCAGGAUGUUUACGUCUGUCCCUGGAGUAUUUGGUAACCUCCAGAAUGAGAAUCUGGACCUCAUCAAACGCAUGUUGCUCUCUGUACUGGCUCCCACCGAGUCUGAGGCCCUCCGCAUACAGACUGUGAAGGCAGUCGGCGCAUUCAUCCUGCUGCACGAGAAGGAACCUGCCAUCCAGAAACAUUUCAGUGACUUGCUAUUGCCUGUGAUGCAGGUGAUAGCCCUAAGCAUAGAGCAAGGUGUGGAUGAUUCUGCUCUGAAGGUGCUCAUUGAGUUAGCUGAAUCUGCUCCAAAGUUUCUGCGCUCCCAACUGGAGAAUAUUUUCCAAAUUUGCAUUAAGGUUGUGGGCGACAAGAACCAGGAGGACACUUGGCGUCAACUGGCGCUAGAGGCGAUGGUGACGCUGUGCGAGACGGCGCCCGCGAUGGUGCGCAAGCAGGUGCCCGACGGCGUGCGCCUGCUGACGCCGCUCGUGCUGGAGAUGAUGUGCGAGCUGGACGACGAGGACGACUGGGCGCUGCAGGACGACGUGGCCGACGACGACAACGAGAGUAACUAUGUGGCCGCGGAAUCCGCUUUGGAUCGUAUGUGCUGUGGGCUCAGUGGGAAGAUAAUGCUAAAUCUGAUUGUGGGCCAGGUGCCCAGCAUGCUGGCAUCAGAAGACUGGCGUCGACGCCACGCGGCUCUAAUGGCGGUCUCUUCAGCAGGCGAGGGCUGCCACAAGCAAAUGGAACAACUUCUGGAUCAAGUUGUGUCAGCUGUGCUAAAUUAUCUUACUGACCCUCACCCUCGUGUCCGUUACGCAGCUUGUAACGCCAUCGGUCAGAUGUCGACGGAUUUCGCGCCCGUGUUCGAGAAGAAAUUCCACGAUAAGGUUGUGCCUGGUUUAUUGUUGGUGCUCGAUGACAACGCCAACCCGCGUGUGCAGGCGCACGCGGCUGCAGCUUUGGUUAACUUCAGUGAAGACUGUCCAAAGCCAAUUUUGACUCUAUAUUUGGACCCAUUAAUGAACAAACUCGAGGAAAUUCUUACUGCCAAAUUCAAGGAGCUUGUAGAACGCGGUACAAAGCUGGUAUUAGAACAGAUUGUGACUACCAUCGCAUCGGUCGCCGACACCGUAGAGAAAGACUUCAUCCAGUACUACGACAGGCUGAUGCCGUGCCUUAAAUAUAUAAUCGCCAACGCGACCACUCAGGAGCUCAAGAUGCUGAGGGGGAAGACCAUUGAGUGCGUCAGUUUGAUUGGUCUAGCUGUAGGCGAAGAGAAGUUUAUGCCUGAUGCAUCAGAAGUGAUGGACCUGUUGUUGAAGACCCACACCGAGGGUGAUCAGCUGCCCGCCGACGAUCCGCAGACCUCUUACCUUAUCUCCGCUUGGUCGCGCAUCUGCAGAAUUAUGGGCAAGAAGUUCGCGCAGUACCUGCCCAUGGUGAUGGACCCAGUGAUGCGGACGGCAGCCAUGAAGCCCGAGGUGGCGUUGUUAGACAAUGAGGACUUGGAGAACAUCGACGGCGAUGUCGACUGGCACUUCGUCACGCUCGGCGAGCAACAAAACUUCGGCAUCAAAACUGCCGGUUUGGAAGACAAAGCAUCCGCCUGCGACAUGCUUGUGUGCUACGCGCGCGAGCUGAAGGAAGCGUUCGCGGAAUACGCCGAGGACGUUGUGAAGCUGAUGGUGCCGAUGCUGAAGUUCUACUUCCACGACAACGUGCGCACCGCCGCGGCAGAGUCGCUGCCCUACUUGCUGGAGUGUGGCCGCAUUAGGGGCCCGCAGUACGUACAGGGCAUGUGGGCUUUCAUUCUGCCUGACCUACUGAAGGCCAUUGAUUCUGAACCAGAACUGGAGGUGCAAGUCGAACUUCUAAACAGUCUAGCACAGUGUAUUGAACUCUUGGGCACCGGUUGCCUGUCCGACGAGUCCAUGGCAGAGGUGCUGCGCAUCCUCAACAAACUACUCACAGAACAUUUCGAACGCGCCACUGAACGCCGUCAGAAGAGAUCCGACGAAGAUUACGAUGAGGUUGUAGAAGAGCAAUUAGCUGAUGAAGACAACGAGGAUGUGUACGGGCUGUCCCGCGUGGCCGACGUGCUGCACGCGUUGUUGUCCGCCUAUCGCGAGCACUUCUUCCCGCAACUGGACACGCUGAUGCCGCAUUUGGUGCAGUUGUUGGCGCCGCAGAGACCUUACGCCGACCGCCAGUGGGCGCUCUGCAUCUUUGAUGAUGUCAUCGAGUUCGGAGGUCCAGCGUGCAUCAAAUACCAGAAUAUCUUCCUCGAGCCGAUGCUCAGUGGCUUGCAAUCGCCCGAGGCGGAGGUGCGGCAAGCGGCGGCGUACGGCUGCGGCGUUUUGGCACAAUUCGGCGGAGAACAGUUUGCCGGCGCCUGCGCUAGAGCUGUGCCACUCCUCGCCGCACUCAUAGCUGAUCCAGAGUCCAGAUGCGUGGAGAAUCUAAAUGCAACUGAAAAUGCUAUAUCGGCCGUCACCAAGAUUAUAAAGUAUAACCACUCGCAGAUCAACAGAGAUGAAAUCAUCAGGCAUUGGCUGACAUGGCUGCCAGUAGUGGAAGACACAGAAGAGGCCCCGCACGUGUUCUCGUUGCUGUGCGAGCUAGCGGCCGGCGGGCACGCGGCGCUCGCCACGCCCGACGCCCCGCAGCGCGUCAUCGCCAUCCUCGCGGAAGGGUUCCUGAGGGACGCCGUGCCGACAGACAACCCGGUCUACGCGCAGAUGGUGGCGCUCGUCAGGCAAAUACAGAGCAACAGGGAAUUGUUCAACUCGUGCCUCAUGCAGCUGAGCAGUGAACACAAGGAGGCGCUAGAGAUCGCGCUCUCCACCUAACAUGCUCGCCGACCGUCUCCGCCUCACCUCCAUUACACUCCGCUCCCGGGCUAAGGCUGGGCUGGGCUAUGCUGUUAUGCUGACAUCUUCACUAUACAACAUCAAAACGUGCCAAUUUUAACAGCUCACUGACAGUGAACUAGAAUUGUAGUAACCAAUUAAUUUGAGGAUCAGCCGCCGAAAGAUUUCAGCAUAACACUGCCUGAGGCUACUCCUUCGUUGCCAGGCUCCACCCUCAUCACAUCACGACAAAUGCUUACUCCCUCAUCAAAUGCCUGCCUACAUAAUAUAUAUACUAUGUAAUGAAAUACAUAUUAUAAUGUAAUGUUUAGUGUACCGAAUGGAUGAAAUGACUGAUGUGUUACUACAUAAAUUGUUGUAAUUAUUACUGACUCUGAGCAUUUUCUUUCCUUUCUAAGGAUUGUUUCUCUUCGAUCUCAUUGAUCACGAUGGUCUACCUGUUGGGGCUUAUAAAAUUGCUGUGAUAUAUUUUUGUAAUAUUUUUUGAUAAUUUCACGCUUGAGACGUAAAAUCUAUAGCAACUUCUUUGGCGCGCCAGAUGCCGCUUUCGAAACAUUUUUAUGUUAUUCUUUGAACAUAGUAGAUUGCGAGGUAGGUCCAAUUUUAUUUUCAAGUAAAGUAAAUGCGAUGCAUCACACCGUUAAAAUAAAUAUCUGCAAUACAUUUUAUGGCGAGUAUUUAUUAGAUUUAUAACAUAUUUUCGCCAAUUCACGGAUUUUUGCAGGAAACUUAUUUCCGUAGUUUUUAAAGAAUUGGACCACACGCAUUGACGAAAAGUUUGCCAUAUUUCGGCUACGAUGGGAACUUGGUGGCUGUCUCUCGCAAUGGACGAGAUAUCAUUUCUGUUUAUAAGAAAUAAUUUUAUUCAUUAAAAAUAUAUAAUAUUAUAUAUACACAUUUUUGUUUAACUAAAAUAAAAGUUAUUGACAUUUUUAA